GCCGGUGGUGUCAGCGAGCACUCAACUUCUUCCUCUGGUGAAGUGGGCUUACUUGAACUUGAAGGAAAGAAAAAAAUGUCUCCACUUCUGAUAAGCAUCUAUAAUAUCACUGAAGUUUUUGAUCAAUAUGCCUCACAUGAUUGUGAUGGGGCAUCAUUAAGCAAGAAAGACCUGAAGAACCUCCUUGAAAGGGAAUUUGGAACUGUCCUUCAGAGACCACACGACCCUGAGACAGUAGAUCUGGUCCUGGAACUUCUGGAUCGCGACAGUAAUGGGCGUGUCGAUUUCAAUGAAUUCCUCCUGUUCACUUUCAAGGUGGCUCAAGCUUGUUAUUACGCUCUUGGCCAGGCCGCGGGGCUAGAUGAGAAGGGAGCCCAAUGUGAGGGAAAGGGGAACCUCUUACGAGAUCGUAGGCAAGAAGAAGACCAAAGGAGAUUUGAGCCCCGGGACAGACUAUUGGAAGAAGACCCUAGGCAACAACGCAGACAGAAGAGGCAGGAACAGGAGACGGAGCUCUCUGAGGAAGAGGAGCAGAGGGAGAAGCAUGAGAGACUUGAGCAGCGCGACAGGCAGGCCCGCGACGAGGAGCAGCGGCUGCAAAGGCGAGAACGACAAGAACGGGAAAAGCGCCUCGCAGAGGAAGAGCAGCUGCAGAGGCGCAAGGGUCGCGAGGCUGAGGAGUUUCCAGACGAAGAGCAGCAGCAAAGGUGGGAGCGACAGGAGGUGAAGAAGGAGCGCCAGGAGGAAGAGCAGCAACUGCAAAGGCAGUGGCGCGAGCAGGAGAGGCGCGAGCAGGAGGAGGAGAGGCGCGAGCAGAGGCUGAAGCGCGAGCAGGAGGAGAGGCUGGAGCAGGAGAGGCGAGCGCAGCAGCUGAAGCGCGAGCAGGAGGAGGAGAGGCGCGAACAGGAGGAGGAGAGGCGCGAGCAGGAGGAGGAGAGGCUCGAGCAGGAGAGGCGCGAGCAGCGGCUGAAGCGCGAGCAGGAGGAGGAGAGGCGCGAGCAGAGGCUGAAGCGCGAGCAGGAGGAGGAGAGGCGCCAGCAGGAGGAGAGGCGCCAGCAGCGGCUGAGGCGUGAGCAGGAGGAGAGGCUCGAGCAGAGGCUGAAGCACGAGCAGGAGGAGGAGAGGCGCGAGCAGGAGGAGAGACGCGAGCAGAGGCUGAAGCGCGAGCAGGAGGAGGAGAGGCGCGAGCAGGAGGAGAGGCGCGAGCAGCGGCUGAGGCGUGAGCAGGAGGAGAGGCUGGAGCAGGAGGAGAGGCUUGAGCAGAGGCUGAAGCGCGAGCAGGAGGAGGAGAGGCGCGAGCAGGAGGAGAGGCGCGAGCAGAGGCUGAAGCGCGAGCAGGAGGAGGAGAGGCGCGAGCAGCGGCUGAGGCGUGAGCAGGAGGAGGAGAGGCUGGAGCAGGAGGAGAGGCUCCAGCAGAGGCUGAAGCGCGAGCAGGAGGAGGAGAGCCUGGAACAGGAGGAGAGGCGCGAGCAGAGGCUGAAGCGCGAGCAGGAGGAGGAGAGGCGCGAGCAGGAGGAGAGGCGCGAGCAGCGGCUGAGGCGCGAGCAGGAGCUGGCAGAAGAGGAGCAGAAACAAGCCCGGGAGCGGGUUAAGAGCCGCACCCCGCAGUGGCAGUGGCAGUGGCAGCUAGAAAGCGAGGCCGACGCACGCCAGAGCAAAGUCUACUCGAGGCCCUACAGGCAAGAAGAGCAGAGGCGUCGCCAGGAGCAGGGGGAGAAGAGGCGGCGCCAAGAGCGGGAGCAGCAACUACGGGAGCAGGCGGAGCAGGCCGGUCGGCAGGAGCAGGAGGAGGAGCAGCGCCGCGACUUCAAAUGGCAAUGGCAGGCGGAGGAGGAGAGUGAGAGGCGCCGCCAAAAGCUGUUGGCCAGACCUUCGUUGCGGGAGCAGCGAGAGAGGCAGCUGAGGGCGGAGGAGCGCCAGGAGCGGGAACAGCGGCUCCUCGAGGAGGAGCAGGAGGAGGAGCGCCGCCAGCAGGUGGAGGAGCAGCAGCGGCGCGAGAGGGAGCAGGAGCUGCAGUUACUCGCGGAAGAGGAGCGGCGGCAGCGGCGGGAGCGCGCCGGACAGCUCCAGGAGGAGGAGGGCAUCCUCCAGGAGGAUCGUGAGAGGAGGCGACGCCAGGAGGAGCAGCGCCGCGACCAAAAAUGGAGGUGGCAACUAGAGGAAGAAAGUCAGAGACGCCGCCACACGCUGUACGCCAAGCCGGCCCUGCGGGAACAGCUGAGAAAAGAAGAGCAGCUCCAGCCCCAGGAGCGCGACAGGCAGUACCUCGAGGAGGAGCUGCAGCGGGAGGAAGGCAAGCUGCUGAGAGAGGAACGAGAGAAGAGAAGGCGGCGGGAACGGGAGAGACAAUACUGGGAGGAAGAGGAGCUGCAGAGAGAGGAAGAGCAGCUGCAGAGAGAAGAACGAGAGAAGAGAAGGCGCCAGGAGCGGGAGAGACAAUACCGGGAGGAAGAGGAGCUGCAGAGAGAGGAAGAGCAGCUGCAGAGGGAAGAACGCGAGAAGAGAAGGCGCCAGGAGCGGGAGAGACAAUACCGGGAGGAAGAGGAGCUGCAGAGAGAGGAAGAGCAGCUGCAGAGGGAAGAACGCGAGAAGAGAAGGCGCCAGGAGCGGGAGAGACAAUACCGGGAGGAAGAGGAGCUGCAGAGAGAGGAAGAGCAGCUGCAGAGGGAAAGGAGACGCCAGGAUCGGGAGGAGGAGGAACUCCAGCGCCUGGAGAAAAAGCGGCGAUUCCGGGAUGAGGAUCAGCGCGGUGAUCUGAAAUGGCAGUGGCAACCAGAAAAAGAAACUGAAGUUCGUAAUAACAGGGUUUACAGCAAACCUAGAGAGAAUGAAGAAAAGUUCCGGACAUUGGAAGAUUCCCAGGUGCAGGAGAGACAAUUCCAGCAGGAUCGGUGGCCCCUGCUGGAUGAACAGAAGAGAGAUCCAGAGCAAGGGAGGAGGCUCGGGCAGCAGCGCGACAGGCAAUUCCCAGCCGAAGAACAGCUGGAGCGAGAAGAGCAAAAGGAAGCCAAAAGACGAGAGAGGAAGUUCCAAGAGGAAGAGCAGCUGCUGAGAGAGGAAAGAGAAGAGAAAAGACGCCGUCAGGAGAGAGACAGGAAAUUCCGCGAGGAGGAACAGCUCCUCCAGGACAGAGAAGGGCAGCUGCGCCGCCAAGAGCGCGACAGAAAGUUCCGCGAGGAGGAAGAGCUCCUCCAGGACACAGAAGAGCAGCUGCGCCGCCAAGAGCGAGACAGAAAAUUCCGCGAGGAGGAACAGCAGUUGCGCCGCCGGGAACACGAGCAACAGCUGCGCCAAGAGCGUGACAGAAAAUUCCGCGAGGAGGAACAACUCCUCCAGGAAAGAGAAGAGCAGCUGCGCCGCCAGGAACGCGACAGAAAAUUCCGCGAGGAGGAACAGCUACUCCAGGAAAGAGAAGAGCAGCUGCACCACCAAGAGCGCGACAGAAAGUUCCGCGAGGAGGAACAGCAGCUGCGCCGCCAGGAACGCGACAGAAAACUCCGCGAGGAGGAACAACUCCUUCAGGACAGAGAAGAGCAGCUGCGCCGCCAAGAGCGCGACAGAAAGUUCCUCGAGGAGGAACAACAGGUGCGCAGCCAGGAACGCGACAGAAAAUUCCGCGAGGAGGAACAGCAGUUGCGCCGCCGGGAACGCGAGCAACAGCAGCGCCAAGAGCGUGACAGAAAAUUCCGCGAGGAGGAACAGCUCCUUCAGGACAGAGAAGAGCAGCUGCGCCGCCAAGAGCGUGACAGAAAAUUCCGCGAGGAGGAACAGCUCCUUCAGGACAGAGAAGAGCAGCUGCGCCGCCAAGAGCGCGACAGAAAAUUCAACGAGGAGGAACAGCUCCUCCAAGAAAGAGAAGAGCAGCUGCGCCGCCAAGAGCGUGACAGAAAAUUUCGCGAGGAGGAACAGCAGCUGCGCCGCCAGGAACGCGACAGAAAAUUCCGCGAGGAGGAACAGCUCCUCCAGGAUAGAGAAGAGCAGCUGCGCCGCCAAGAGCGCGACAGAAAGUUCCUCGAGGAGGAACAACAGCUGCGCCGCCAGGAACGCGACAGAAAAUUCCGCGAGGAGGAACAGCAGCUGCGCCGCCAAGAGCGUGACAGAAAAUUUCGCGAGGAGGAACAGCAGCUGCGCCGCCAGGAACGCGACAGAAAAUUCCGCGAGGAGGAACAACUCCUCCAGGAUAGAGAAGAGCAGCUGCGCCGCCAAGAGCGCGACAGAAAGUUCCUCGAGGAGGAACAACAGCUGCGCCGCCAGGAACGCGACAGAAAAUUCCGCGAGGAGGAACAGCAGCUGCGCCGCCAGGAACGCGAGCAACAGCUGCGCCAGGAGCGUGACAGAAAAUUCCGCGAGGAGGAACAGCUCCUCCAGGAUAGAGAAGAGCAGCUGCGCCGCCAAGAGCGCGACAGAAAGUUCCGCGAGGAGGAACAACAGCUGCGCCGCCAGGAACGCGACAGAAAAUUCCGCGAGGAGGAACAGCAGUUGCGCCGCCGGGAACGCGAGCAACAGCUGCGCCAAGAGCGUGACAGAAAAUUCCGCGAGGAGGAACAGCUCCUUCAGGACAGAGAAGAGCAGCUGCGCCGCCAAGAGCGUGACAGAAAAUUUCGCGAGGAAGAACAGCAGCUGCGCCGCCAGGACCGCGAGCAACAGCUUCGCCAGGAGGAGCGCGACAGAAAAUUCCGCGAGGAAGAACAGCUCCGCCAAGAAAGAGAAGAGCAGCUGCGCCGCCAAGAGCGCGACAGAAAGUUCCGCGAGGAGGAACAGCAGCUGCGCCUCCAGGAACGCGACAGAAAAUUCCGCGAGGAGGAACAGCUCCUGCAGGAUAGAGAAGAGCAGCUGCGCCGCCAAGAGCGCGACAGAAAGUUCCGCGAGGACAAACAGCAGCUGUGGCACCAGGAACGCGAACAACAGCUUCGCCAGGAGGAGCGCGACAGAAAAUUCCUGGAGGAAGAACAGCUGCGCCGCCUAGAGCGCGACCAAAAAUUCCGCCUAGAAGAAGAGCAGCUGCGGCUUGAGGAGCAGGAAGAGCAGAGGCGCCGGCAGGAGCGAGAUCGGCAGUACUUGGCAGAGGAGCAGUUUGCCUGGGAGAAGAAUCGUCGCCAGGAACAAAAACUGCGGCAGGAGGAAGAGCAGAGACGUCGCCAGGAAUUGGAGAGGAAAUUCUGGGAGGAAGAACAGAUCCGCCGCCAGCAGGAGGAGGAGCAGAGGCGCCGCCAAGUCCGGGAGAGACAAUCCCAAGAAGACAAGGGCCAUAAGCAGGUUCUGGAGCCCGGCACGCGUCAGUUUGCGUAUGUCCCAGUGCGCUCCAGCCCUCUCUAUGAGUACAUCCAAGAGCAGAGAUCUCAAUAUCGCCCUUAAGAGAUGCUACCAAUAUCCUGACACCUGCCAAAGCUUCCAACAAAGGAAAAUGAGAAACACUGGGUUUCAAGUGAUAAAUGUUUCUGGUUGUGGGAAAAUUCUUUGAUGUUAGAAUGUGUCUUUUCUUCCAAAAUCCUAAGCUAUACUCAUUUUAUGUACUUUGUACUCUUGCCUUUUACUCUUCCUAAAGUAGUUCUUUACUGCAAGAUGUCUUUACUCUUUGGUGCAGAUGUGUGUAUUCUUAAAGACAGAAAUCAUUUAAUCUGUUUAAGUUUUGUUUGAGGAACACGUUAACUUAUUGCUUUCAGAAGUAACUAGAAUAAUACAAUUUGAGAUUCGUUAAACCGAUAGGUCUAUUUGUUUAAUGGCUGAUCCAUCUUGUGGAGAGUUAAGAUGUUUUUAAUGUUCAAGUUGAUAUUUCUUCUUGGGCCUAAAUUUCAUUAAUCUUUAUCUCCAAAUAGCAUUUCAUUUUUUGUGGCCUAAUUAGCACAGAUUCCAGGUGACUGAAUUUUUACAACCCUUGAAUAGUGCUGGGGUAGAGGGGGUGACUUCUGCAGAAAAACUCUCUGCGAAAUCACCCAAUAACUGGAAGAAAUAUCUGUUAAGAAUAAGGUUUAGCUUCAAGACUUAGAAUUUGAAUUAGAUUUUUUUUACAUUUAACUCCACUUAAACACUUAUAAUUUCAUGAAGCAAAAGUGAGGUGUUUCUCAAACAACUUCAGAGCUCAAAUUUUAAAACUGUGUCUGCUGUAGUUGGUGUGGUACUCAGUUCUAUUCCUCCAAGUUUUGAUGGGUUUGAGAACAUACUAACCUUUGUUAGUAAUUUUAACUUAGAAGGAAACUGCUCAAAAUCCUAUAAACAUUUUUCUUACUCUAGGGCCAAUAAGACCACAGAGCAUGUUGGGGGAGGGAAAGGGGAAAAUGUGUGAACAAAGGGGCAAGUUUCUAGAGGCCUUUUGACAGACCCAUCAGCCCACAAUCCUUUGAGGCCUAUUGAUACUACCUUGGAUAUGUUCUUGUUGAAAUAAUUGGACUGUGUGAAAAAUUAAUAAUAAAUGUUUGGCAA